GCGACAUUCGCCCGCCCGAGGGCUUUAGUGUAAAACAUCGAGAUUGAUCCGCGAUAUCACACGUUUCGCGACACUCACCGCCAACUUCGAUCCUUUGACUUUUAGUACCAAAGAGUGAAGCAGGAAAAAAGAGAUACACGGCCGAUAAAAAUAGCAGGCUUGCGAGUGACAUGGCAGCAGCAGUUUGUGGGGACUUAUUAAACAACAAUCAUCAUACGAGGGGGAGGGGAGGGGGAAGCGAUUAUCGACCAGUCAAUCAAUCAACAAAUCGCCCGAUCCGCAACGGUUGCUUGGAUGGCUUGUUGGUGCCCAAGAGUUGCAAUUAUCGUAUCCCAGUUGGCCUAGGCCGACUUUUGCACAAUCACAAUCGAAAGUUGCAAGCAUGGUCGCAAUUACCCCAGGGUCCUCAGACGCAGACAUGGCAUGGAUUCGAUAGGCGCAAAUCUCCGACGAUCCGCCAACGGUCAACACUCACCUGUUCGUGCUUCUUCAGGUAGCCGAGCCGGGGAAAC